UUGCUUGAACUGGAUAACGCUGUCACUUAAAAACUUGUCUGAGACACAGUUCAAAGUAUAAGUUUUCAAAACAUGAACUUGUAAUAAGAUUUUUCUUUUCUGUUUCCAAUGGCCAUUUCAGUUUCUCUUCAUUAUCUCUUUCGCUCUUUCUUCUCCAAUUCCCAGCAGAACUUGACGCAUAAAAAUGGUCACUAUGGAUGGUCAGAGAGACCCAAUUGCUGUUUCAGUAAUAACUCCAAGAACAAACUCAGGCCCGUCAAAGCUUCCGUAGAGUCUCCUCCUUUUCCACUCUUUCAACCUCCCAAAGUUGAAGAAUCAGAUCCUGAUGGGUUGGACCCAGCAGACCCGGAUUUCUAUAAGAUAGGUUAUGUUCGAAGUGUGAGAGCUUAUGGAAUUGAAUUCAAAGAAGGGCCUGAUGGAUUUGGAGUGUAUGCUUCUAAAGAUGUUGAACCACGUCAUCGCGCUAGAGUAGUCAUGGAAAUACCUCUAGAGUUGAUGAUAACCAUAAGGCAGAAACUCCCAUGGAUGUUUUUCCCAGAUAUAGUGCCAAUAGGCCAUCCAAUAUUUGAUAUCAUUAACUCAACUAACCCAGAGACAGAUUGGGACCUUAGGUUGGCCUGCCUUCUUCUGUACGCAUUUGACCGGCAGGAUAACUUUUGGCAACUAUAUGGUGAUUUCUUACCUUGUGCAGAAGAGUGCACCAGCUUGCUUCUAGCAACUGAGGAGGAUCUUUUGGAGCUGCAGGAUCCAAAUCUUGCAUCAACAUUGAGAAAACAACAGCAAAGAGCAUUAGAAUUUUGGGAAAAGAACUGGCACAGCGGUGUUCCACUCAAGAUAAAGCGACUUGCUCGUGAUCCUGAGAGAUUUAUGUGGGCAAUGAGUAUUGUCCAGUCACGGUGCAUUAACAUGCAAGUCAGGAUUGGUGCUCUAGUACAAGAUUCAAAUAUGCUAAUCCCUUAUGCUGACAUGCUAAACCAUUUAUUUCAGCCAAAUUGUUUUUUCCAUUGGCGCUUUAAGGACCGCAUGCUUGAAGUGAUGAUAAAUGCUGGACAGCGCGUUAAAAAAGGAGAAGAGAUGACUGUCAAUUACAUGAAUGGACAGAUGAAUAACAUGUUUAUGCAAAGAUAUGGCUUUUCAUCACCUGUGAAUCCUUGGGAUGUAAUCCAGUUUUCUGGCAAUGUGCGCAUUCAUUUGGAUUCUUUUUUGUCAGUUUUCAACAUAGCUGGCCUUCCUGAAGAAUAUCACCAUAACAGUCGGUUAGCAAGUGAUGGAGAUAGUUUUGUUGAUGGAGCUGUCAUCGCAGCAGCAAGACCAUUGCCCACUUGGUCAGAUGGUGAUGUACCCCUGAUCCCAAGCUUGGAAAAAAAAGCUGCGAAGGAAUUACAGGAAGAAUGCCAACGGAUGUUAGCAGAAUUCCCCACCACUUCUAAACAAGACCAGACAGUACUAGAUUCUAUGUCUGAACCCAGGAGGACCCUGGAGGCUGCAAUCAAGUAUCGAUUGCACCAGAAACUAUUCAUAGAGAAAGUCAUCAAGGCGUUGGAUAUUUAUCAAGAUCGGAUAUUGUAUUAAUCAUGAAGAUCCAAGUUUACAGGAUCUCAGAAAGUUUUGAUAAGUAACUAAAACCAACAUUAGGUGAAAUUUUUUCUGUUUGAUGUAGAAUUCCAUGUUAAUUUAUCUGAGUGGUAGACUUUAAUGUUCAUUGCUGGACUGCAUUGGAUUCAAUUGGCAAACUGAGAGGUUUCUAGAGAGUAAUUUGUACCAUGAAAGCAAAAAUAAGGAAACAAGCAGUGUUUGCACACA